CGCGCCGCCGUGAAGAGAGAGCGGCUGCUGUAUGAGGGCAGUGUGGCUGUGUGUGAGAGUGUGUAUCGCCGUGUGUGUGUUUAUAUCUGCUCUGUUUUAAUCAUGACUGCUGAACAGCUCGGUAAAAUCCCAGAGGCUGAUAUUGACCCGAACGGCGUGUUUAAAUACGUGCUGAUUCGAGUUCACAGUAAAGAAAGUGAAGAUUAUGUGGAUAUAGUGCGCGGCUACAGCUGGGCGGAGUAUCACGCUGAUAUCUAUGAUAAGGUUUCUGGAGAUCUGGAGAGAACAGGUGGUGUGGACUGUGAGUGUAUAGGAGGUGGAAGGAUCAAACAUAACAGUGCAGAGAAGAAGAUCCAUGUCUAUGGCUACUCUAUGGGUUUUGGACAAGCGAAUCAUGCAGUUUCUACAGAAAAGCUGCAGGUGCGAUACCCAGACUACGAGAUUACCUGGGCAAAUGAAGGCUACUGAUGGGCAUUAUGAUGGGUAUUACCAUCCUGGCCAGCCCAUGGAGAAACUGUUCUGUAUGAAAUCAGCUGUUCUUCACAAACACAGAGCUGUUCUCAACCUAAAAAGGAGCAGAGAAGACCUAACACCACGUUUACACCACACAGGAUGGAUGGAACCAGUUUCUCAUCAUCGCCAGCUAAAUUCAUUCUGAAGCUUAUUGACACUCUUAUUUAUAUUGUCGCUGUUACGCAAAAACCUUGUAUCUCCAAAAUGGUAACUUUUUAGAGGAAAGGGGAAAUUCUUUAUGUUUUUUUCAUGGAAGCCUAUGCAUUUCUAUUGUUCCAUUCAUGCCAGUUUAAAAAACAAAAACUGAUAUGCUGUUUUUCGUUUACAGCUUAACUGCCUUUUCAUUUUGACAGUGAUAACAAUAACAACUUGGUUUAUUUUAUAAAGUGAUCUUACAAUGUAAGGAAGAUGCUAAAUGGCUAAUCCUGUAGUAAAGUGCUAAUUCAUUGCACACUGUAGGGUCCCAUAUUAGACCCAAAACAAAAUAUUAAAAAUUAUACAGAGCAACUCA